UUUGUAACAUAUGAAACAAAUAAGAAAAAUAACAAAGAGUAACAAUGGGAGCUCCUAGGAUCAUUGUGGUGUUAUCAAUUUUUGUUCUUGUUAUAGUUUGUGUACAAACAAGUUCAGCUCAACUUAGUAAAGGCUUCUAUGGCAAUACAUGUCCAAAUGUUGAACAAUUGGUUCGGUCUGCCGUGGAGCUCAAGUUUAAGCAGACUUUUGUCACUGCUCCUGCCACUCUUAGACUCUUCUUUCAUGAUUGUUUUGUUAGGGGUUGUGAUGCAUCAAUUUUGCUUGAAUCUCCAACUAGUCAAGCAGAGAAAAAUCAUCCUGAUGAUAUUUCAUUAGCUGGUGAUGGCUUUGACACAGUGAUUAAAGCAAAAGAAGCUAUUGACAAAGAUCCUCAAUGCACAAAUAAAAUCUCUUGUGCAGAUAUACUUGCUCUUGCUACAAGGGAUGUAGUCAAUUUGGCUGGGGGACCAUUUUAUGAAGUUGAAUUAGGAAGGCGUGAUGGAAGAAUAUCUACAAUUGCAAGUGUUCAACGCCAUCUUCCUCAUCCUGAAUUCAAUUUGGAUCAACUUAAUUCAAUGUUUAGAUUCAAUGGCCUCUCCCAGAUAGACAUGAUUGCAUUAUCAGGUGCACAUACAAUUGGAUUCUCUCAUUGCAACCGUUUCUCAAAAAGAAUCUACAACUUCAGCCCAAAAAAUAGAAUUGACCCAACACUAAAUUUACAAUAUGCAUUUGAGCUUAGACAAGCAUGUCCUAUAAAAGUUGAUCCUAGGAUUGCUAUAAACAUGGAUCCAAUCACACCUCAAAUAUUUGACAAUCAAUAUUUCAAGAAUUUGCAACAAGGAAAAGGACUCUUUACUUCAGAUCAAGUGUUGGCUAUAGAUAAAAAGUCAAAGAAUACAGUUGACUUAUUUGCAUCAAAUGAAGCUGCUUUUGAAAGUGCUUUUAUUGAUGCUAUUACUAAGUUGGGAAGGGUAGGUGUUAAAACUGGAAAUCAAGGUGAAAUAAGGUUUGAUUGUAGUAGGGUGAACUAGAGGGAUGGAUUAGUCAAGUACAAUGAUUAUGGUGUUGUGUUUUACUUUAUACAAAAGUGAAAAGUACAAGUGUGUGAGAAAUUUGUAUAUUUAUUAAUAUUUCAUUGUUGAAUUAGUAAUUUGAAUUUUUUUCAAAUAUGUGUGUAUUCAUAAAUCUCACAUAUGAUAUAAGAUAUUGAAAACCAACAAUAAAUUGGUUUAAGUAAUAA